AUGUCUACACCAACGUAUACGGAAGAGCUCUCCGUCGCGCUCAAAGCCGUGCGGCUAGCCUCUCUCCUCACCAAAUCUCACCUCCUGACAUAUCUUUCCAAGCAAUCCGUUGUCAGCGAGGAAACAAAGUCCGAUGCCAGCGAAGUUACAGUCGCUGACUUCGCGGCUCAAGCCGUGAUCAUCGCCGCCAUUCAUGCUGCCUUCCCAGAUGACAACUUCAUCGCUGAAGAGAGCGGCGAGAUGUUACGUGAAGACCAGGGCUUGAGUGAAAGGGUUUGGGAUCUGGUAGAGAAGGCGAUGGAGAUUGCGGCGAGGACCGAUGAAGGUGACGGUGCGGCCGUGGAUGAGUUGAGGCGUGGGGAUGUGACGAUGAGCUUACCGGGGAGUCCGGCGGACAUGGUUGAUAUUAUUGAUAAAGGGCAGAAGGGCGGGCAGGCUGAGAGGAGUAGAAGUGGGAGGACAUGGAUUUUGGAUCCGAUUGACGGGACGAAGACGUAUAUUCGUGGCCAUCAGUAUGCCGUGUGUCUAUGCCUAGUUGACGAGGGCGAGCAGAAAGUGGCGGUCUUGGGCUGUCCGAAUUUGGAUCUCCAGCGUAUGAAUCUGGCGGAAGAGGAUGUCAAGGAUGGAACGAUUGUGAUUGGUGAAACUGUCGUUGACCCUGCACCGGAUGGUGGCUGGAUUUUGAGCGCGGUGAAGGGAGAAGGAACCCAUAUCAGUGCUGUGAGGACAUAUGAGACGAGGCUAUCAAUACAGGACUUUCUAUCGCACAAGGAAGUCAUGGAAGAGGACUUAGAAGAGCAAGCACAUCGCGUCAUGAGCAAUAUGUCACAAACGUCGGAGAAUGGCAGCACAUUACUCAACCUCAACUUUACGGACUCCAGCGCCUCGCCUCACAUCAGCAAAGACAUACACGAACGCAUCUUCAGACACUUCGCACAUCCUCCUCAACCAGAGUCUCACUCGGAGGCAGCACCAUUCCAAGAUAUCUGGUCCAUGCAGAUGAAAUACGUCCUACUGGCAUUGCGGGCUGCAGAUGCCAUGAUCAGAACACCUCCAACGUCGAGCUACCAUGCUGCAGUGUGGGAUCAUGCCGGAGGACAACUACUUCUUACUGAAAGCGGGGGCGUGCUGACCGAUGCGAAUGGAAAGUCAUUUGUAAUUAACGGGCAGACAAGAAGGCUGGAGCAUAAUUGGGGAGUGUGCGGCGUCAGAGGUGGAGACAUAGUAGCAGAUGGUGGAAGAAGAUCGUCUCCCAGGGAUGUGCAUAAGGCCAUCAUGGCUAGGAUUAGAAUAGAAGUGAGUGCAAGACGGCAGAGGAGAUCUGAAAAAGGGGAGGAUGAUUAA